GGUAGAGCUUUUUCCAGCUGCACGCUCCUGGGUGAAACUCGGAGAUUUUUUUUGUUUUUUGUCUCUUCUGCCGCUGCUUGAAGUCUUUAAUAAGCCAAAACUGUGUCAAAUGGAGGAAGAGGUCAGAUGAAUAAACCCAGACGGAGUGUUAAUCUUUGUUGGAGCUGCGAAGAGGGAUAGAGAGAAAAAAAUAAAGUUUCAUAUGGCUSCRCUGAGAAAUCAGCAGGAAAUACUUCCUGAAACUUAAAGCUACAGUUCAUCUCUGAGCUGCAAAYAAGCAUGGAGAGGGCUAAGAGAUUCAGCACACGGAUGUCCGGAAAGAAAAAACAUCAAGAAGUCGACCCAGGGAGRGUUCUUAAGGCUGCAGCGUCCACAUCGGAGCCUCAGCAAACACAAACCAACAGAGAUCUUAGUCUGGUUAGACAACAAGAGGUUCUGCCGAGCUUCAGCAAGCAGAAACAAGAGACURUGGAACUGAAAGACGAAGAAAAUGAAGUCAGGAUCAACCCCACUGCUGAAACUGUGAGAACUGAAGAUGACGAGAAGAAACUUGAGUCUCAACUGCUUAAUCAAAUCAAAACUGAAGAAGAUGUGAAGGCAGAACCUUCAACCAACAGCUCUGCUCGGCAGAUAAGAACAGAAGGAGACCUCUGUGGUGGACUGGAUCCAGAUAAUAACUCUGAUCCAAAUAAUAACUUAAAAUUAAAUUCAAAUGAAAAUGAUUCACCUUCUUCAGAAACUGAUGUAAGCAGCAACGAAUCUGCCGGUUCUGGAUCUGAAACAAAAAGCAAAGCCUCGAAGCAGACCAUUGUACUUGAGCCAGGUGAUGAGAAAAAUGUAGCCUGUAAAGCUGCUACAAUAUCCUUCAGCUGCUCCGAGUGCGGUAAACAGUAUCGCCACAAGUGGUCCCUUAAGAAGCACCUGGGGGUCCACUCCGGUGAAAGGCGUUUUCUCUGUAAAAAUUGCUCUGAAACCUUUAGCGAAUAUGUGCAACUGAGGACACAUAUGAAAAUACAUGCAGACGAGAAACCUUUCCUCUGUGAUAUUUGUGGUAAAAGUUUUCGCAGAAUGGGCGAUCAUAAGGCGCAUCUUAGAGUUCAUGCUGAAGAAAAGCCACUCGCCUGUAGCAAAUGUGGGAAAGGAUUUUAUUACCAGAUGAACCUUAACAAACACAUGAAGGUCCACAGAGACAAACCUUUCAGCUGUGAUCUGUGUGGUAAAACAUUUAAUGUUAAAUCACGCCUUAGGAUGCACAUGCAAAACCACACUAAAGACAAACCGUUUAGCUGUGGGGAUUGUGGGAAAAGUUUUAAUUUUAAGUCACUCCUAAAGACUCAUAUGAUCAGCCAUUCUGUAGAGAAGCCUUUUAAUUGUGAUGUUUGCGGCAAAAGGUUUCGUGCAGAAGAGCACCGUGAGACACACAUGAGAAUCCACACUGGAGAGAAACUUUUUGACUGCGGUUUUUGUGGUAAAAAGUUUCUCCGCAGCGCAAAUCUUAAGACGCACAUACGAAUCCACACAGGAGAGAAACCGUUUAUUUGCGAUUUUUGCGGCAAGAGUUUUAGUUCACAAGGGAGCCUUGUAAAUCAUAUGGUGGUCCAUGCAGCUGAGAAACCUUUUGCUUGUGAUGUUUGUGGGAAAACAUUUCGCAGACCAGUAGAGCUUAGAAUACACACCAGGGUGCACACGGGCGAGAAGCCGUUUGGAUGCGAUAUCUGUGGAAAGCAGUUCAGUCAAAGCUCACAUGCUAAGAUACAUGUAAGAAUGCACACAGGAGAGAAAUCGUGUGCUUGUCACGUUUGUGGGAAAGCUUUUUGCGAGCGAGGGUCUCUUUCACAGCAUAUGAGAGUCCACACAGGAGAAAAACCAUUUACCUGCAGUGUCUGUGACAUGCAUUUUAAUCGCAAGUAUAAGCUAACAACUCACAUGAAAACACAUGUAGAAAUUCAGUCUGAUGCAGGAAAACCUAACCAAACUGGCUCAUAAUGACAAACUUGUGUUUGUUUCAUUUUGUAGCUGUCUGAAUGUGGAUUUAUUUUUAUUUUUAUUUGGCUCCCAUUAUGUUUGAAAUACUAAUGAAUUAUCAUGCCCUCAGGGUAUUUUCAAUAAAUAAUUUUUUCAGAUGGACAAAAACCUACUUUCCCCUAUUAGUAGGUUUUGCCUCAAUGCCUCAAGGCAUUGCCUCAAUGCUGUGCUCAAAUAUUGGACACCACAUUGAAAAAUAUCCAUCACCUGUAUAUUUAAAACUAAAACAACCAAGACUUCUAAUAAUAUUUAAUAAUUUAUUUAUAUAUUCUGCUGCAUGCUGUUUGAGUAGGAAUAAUCUUUUUUGGAUGCUUUCAACAGUGAAAUCAAAGGUGUGAAAGAUUAGACCUUCUAUGAUGUUCAGGCUGGAGUCCGAGGCAUUUACAGACAGACUGGCAGAUGUUCAUAUUUUCACUGAGAGGUAGUUGACAUAAUUGGAAUUUAAAUUGAGUGCUUUGGAGAUAAAGUUGGCAGUGAAAGGGCUGAGAUGUCUUGGACAUGUGAAGAAGUGGGGCAGUGGAUAUAUUGCAUAAAUGAUGUGAAAGGUGAAAACAGUGAGUAUGUAAAGGGUUUCUUAAAUUAUCUUAAAAUCUGAAAAAGUAUGAAUUUACCUAUCAUUUUCCAGAUCAGGAUAAAUAUGAAAUGGAAAAAUGUUUGAGUUUCCAGGAUUCAGUUGUUUUUAGGAUUCAGUUCCAGGAAGAAUUGGGUUUUAUCAAUUACCUUAUUUUUUUAUAAGGCAUUAUAAAUUGUACCUAUAUUCAAAUAAAAGAAUAUUUCAGACCAGCCAACUUAUUUGCAUGAGAGAUUUUAAACAAUUUACUGAUUUUGUGAUGGGUUGCAAGGAUCCCUGUAGAUCUCGUUUAAUUCAGCCUGAUGUUCACUUGUUAUAGGUGGCAGAACAAUAGAACAAGCUUCCCAUUUCUGUCAUUGUUUAUUUUAUCUACAGAAAUCUGAUCAGUCCUGGGACUGAAAAGCACAUUAUUUUUAAUAACUGCACACAGUAUUGUCUGAUGUAAAUUUGCCUCUAGUCUCUUUUUACCACUGUACCUUUGUGUGAAUGUUUUUCCUGAUCUCCAACCUGCUGCUGGUACACCGGAAUUUUCCCAUUGUGUGACAAUAAAAUAUGUGUUCUUUUCAAUUUCA